AUGGCCAUGGGUUCCAUUACGAUUGAGUGUGUCCUGCCGGAGAACUGCCGGUGUGGUGAGUCUCCUGUGUGGGAGGAAGCGUCCAACUCUCUGCUCUUCGUGGAUAUUCCUUCAAAGAGGGUUUGCCGGUGGGAUUCGCUCAGCAAGCAAGUUCAUCGAGUGACUUUGGAUGCCCCGGUCAGCUCCGUGGCCCUCCGCCAGCGGGGAGGCUAUGUCGCCACAGUCGGAACGAGGUUCUGUGCUUUGGACUGGGAAGAUCAGUCAGCCAUUGUCCUGGCCACCAUAGAUAAAGACAAGAAAAACAAUCGAUUCAAUGAUGGGAAGGUGGAUCCCGCUGGGAGAUACUUUGCUGGCACCAUGGCUGAAGAAACAGCCCCAGGAGUUCUGGAGCGGCACCAAGGGUCCCUGUACUGCCUCUUUCCUGACCACCAUGUGGAAAAGUACUUUGACCAGGUGGACAUCUCCAAUGGCUUGGAUUGGUCCCUGGACCACAAAAUCUUCUAUUACAUAGACAGCCUGUCCUACUCCGUGGAUGCUUUUGACUAUGACUUGCAGACAGGAAAGAUCUCCAACCGCAGAAGUGUUUACAAGCUGGAGAAAGACGAACAAUACCCAGAUGGAAUGUGUAUUGAUGCUGAGGGGAAGCUCUGGGUGGCCUGUUACAAUGGAGGAAGAGUGAUUCGUUUAGAUCCUGAGACAGGGAAAAGACUCCAAACUGUGAAGUUGCCUGUUGAUAAAACAACCUCAUGUUGCUUUGGAGGGAAGGAUUACUCUGAAAUGUAUGUGACCUGUGCCCGGGAUGGAAUAGACCCUGAGGGUCUUUUGCGGCAACCGAAAGCUGGUGGAAUUUUCAAGAUAACUGGCCUGGGGGUCAAAGGAAUUCCUCCCUAUCCUUAUGUAGGCUAA